AUAAAGACUGGAAAACAGCAUAACACACAUUCAUUAUUACAUACAUCCAUCAAAAAACCUCUGCUCAUCAAAACCCAACCAUACUAACAAGAGCAUUCCAAUAAACCUCGAAAUUACUAUUAUGGAUCCCUGCCCCUUUGUCCGAUUAAUCGUUGAAUCCCUAUCCCUCAAAAUCCCCUCCGCCGCCGGACCCGCCGGCUCAGGCGUCCACCCGUCCGCCACCCCUUGCUACGCCCAAAUCAAGCUCAAAAAAUUCCCUUCCCAAACUGCCCUCGUCCCACUCCCACUCGCCGCCCCAUCGGAAUCCCCCUUCGCCGCCGCCUCCGCCGCCGCAUUCCACCUCGGCCCGGACGCCCUCCGGACCCUCUCCUCCGUCGCGCUCAAGAUCGCGGUCUUCACGGGGCGUACGGGCCGCACGUGCGGGAUCACGCGCGGCAAGCCCGUGGGCUCGGUCCGGGUGCGGAUCGACUUGGGCCAGGCCCAGAUGGGGCCCAUCGUGUGCCAGAACGGGUGGUUGAAGCUCGGCGGGGAGGGGGCGGCGGCCCUGCAUGUGAAGGUCCGGUCCGAACCGGAUCCUCGGUUCGUGUUCCAGUUCGGGGGUGAACCGGAGAUGAGCCCGGUCGUGUUCCAGAUUCAGGGGAACAUCAGACAGCCGGUUUUCAGCUGUAAGUUCAGCGCCGGCCGGAAUAAUCGGUCACGCCGGCUGAGCUGGCUGAGGCGGACCCUCUCGAGCGACAAGGACGGGCCCGUGGGCCCGCGCAAGGGGUGGAUGAUGACUGUGCACGACCUGUCGGGCUCGGCCGUGGCCGCCGCCUCCAUGAUCACGCCGUUCGUCCCGUCUCGUGGGUCCCAGCGAGUCUCCCGGUCGAGCCCCGGCGCGUGGCUCGUCCUCCGGCCCUCCCCUUCCGGGUGGAAGCCGUGGGGCCGACUGGAGGCCUGGCGGGAGAGGGGGGAUGCCAUGGGUUACAGGUUCGAGCUCGUGGGCAGUUCUCCCGUCUCGGAAGGGACCAUCAGUGCCAGGAAAGGCGGUAGGUUCUGCAUCGGUGGUGGGGGCUCGUUGGGGUUCGUGAUGGGGUCGAGCGUGGGAGGGGAAAGGGGUGCGAGCGGGCCCCCCGGGGUGGAGGUAGGGGUGCGCCACGUGGCGGAGGCUGCAUUGUUCGUGGCUCUCUCGGCUGCGGCCGACCUCAGCGUGGAAGCGUGCAGACCGUUUUCGGGGAAGUUGAGGAGGGAGUUUGGAGGGGAGGAGCACGAA